UUUCUUUUUCCUUCUUCCUCUGAACCUAUUAUUCUACUUGUCCUCCUUCUAUUUUUCCCUCUUCAUUUGUUUCUAAACAUUUAUUGGCCCCUUCGAAGCAAUGGUGGGGGGUGGCAAUUCCAAAUCCGAUAUCUCCUUUGCUGGCACUUUCGCAAGCAGUGCUUUCGCUGCAUGUUUCGCUGAGGUGUGUACUAUUCCUUUGGACACUGCCAAAGUUAGACUUCAGCUUCAAAAACAGGCUGUAGUUGGUGAUGCAGUGACCUUACCUAAAUAUAGGGGCAUGCUAGGAACGGUUGCAACCAUUGCUAGGGAAGAAGGUUUUUCAGCACUCUGGAAGGGCAUUGUGCCAGGGCUACAUCGUCAAUGUUUGAAUGGAGGUUUAAGAAUUGCAUUAUAUGAGCCUGUUAAGAAUUUCUAUGUUGGGCCUGACCAUGUUGGAGAUGUUCCAUUGUCUAAGAAAAUUCUCGCCGGAUUUACAACUGGUGCUAUGGCAAUUACAGUGGCAAAUCCGACUGAUCUUGUGAAAGUUAGACUUCAAGCAGAAGGAAAAUUACCUCCUGGUGUGCCCAGGCGCUACUCUGGAUCAUUAAAUGCUUAUUCAACAAUUGUGAGACAGGAAGGAGUUAGAGCACUUUGGACUGGGCUUGGUCCCAAUGUAGCAAGAAACGCUAUCAUUAAUGCUGCUGAACUAGCCAGUUAUGAUCAAGUGAAACAGACUAUUUUGAAAAUUCCAGGAUUCACUGACAAUGUUGUAACUCAUCUUCUUGCUGGCCUAGGGGCAGGGUUUUUCGCAGUCUGUGUUGGCUCCCCUGUCGAUGUGGUUAAGUCAAGAAUGAUGGCAGAUUCUAGCUACAAAAGCACCCUUGAUUGUUUCAUCAAGACAUUAAAAAAUGAUGGACCUUUUGCCUUUUAUAAGGGGUUCAUUCCCAAUUUUGGACGGCUAGGAUCUUGGAAUGUGAUCAUGUUUUUAACUCUAGAACAGGCUAAAAGGUUCGUCAAGAGUUUAGAAUCAGCUUGACUUCAACCAAUUAUCAGUAUAAUAUUUUUAGGAGACAUCCUCCAUAUGCUAUGCAAUGGAAAUUGUCAAGAAAAUAAAACUUCUCCUUAAUUUGUUAAUUGGAAUGUAUCAAAACAUUUUUUUGGGAGGAAAAAUGAAGUGUUGAUAAAUGAGAUUAGUUAUGCUAUCUCUUUGUAAUUUUC